AUGACAGUCUCGAGGAAAUUUCAAAUCCUUCAAUUACGCCAAUUUCCAAUUAUUAAUUCAAAUAACUCCUCGAUAGAAGAACAAAUUAUUCGUAUAAAUCAAAAAUAUUGUGGAAAACCAAUAUGUAAAUUUUUAUAUGUUUAUUUACAUGGAGAACAAGAAACCAAAGCCAAUCUACAUUUCCGUUCUUUUACUCAACUUUCCGAAGCACUAAAUCGUACUAUGGUUUUAACCAAUGUUGGACAUUCACGUAUAGAAGCUUGUAAACCUUUCACUUUUGAUUUUUAUUAUAAUGUCAAAAAAUUAAAAGAAGAAUUUCCCAAUGUAAAAUUUAUUGAACAAUCGAAAUUUCUUAAUUGGGUAGAAGAGAGGAAUCUUGUUAAUGUUCCACCGGAUGCCGAAAAAAUACCUUUACAACUUACAAUUGAUCAUUAUCAAAUGUUUCUUAAUGGUAAUCAUAAAAAAUCUAUCCUUUAUCAUGAAGUAAACCCAAAUAUACAAUCAUUUAUAGAACAAGGAUGUUUUAAUCUAGUAAAAGGUUUAGAUUUAACAGAUAAGAAAACAUUAGAAAAGAUAACCUUUCAAUAUUUAAAUAUGAGUGGUAAAGAUGUAAAGCGCCCGGAAGCUAGAAAAAAAUUUUCACAAUUUUUGAUAAAAUCAUUUGAUACCGAUUCAGAUAUUAUGUUAAUUAAGCAUAAAAUUGGUGAACCUUUAUUUCCAAAAGUUAUGCCAAUAAUACCAUAUGCAGAUCAUAUAAUAAAAGAAUCAUAUAAGAUUAGAAAAAAAUUACUUCCUAAAUAUAUUGCAAUUCAUUGGCGAAUGGAGCAAGCAAUUCCUGAAUUAUUACCACAAUGUGCAAAAAAUUUAGUUGAAACUAUAAAAUUAUUAUUUAAUGUAACUGAUAUAAAAAAUGUAUAUUUAGCUACGGAUUAUCCAUUAUUAGCUAAUUCAUCACAAUCGUCAACAUUUAGAGAUCUUACAGAAUAUCAUAAAUCAGCAAUGAAAAUAUUAAAGGAAAAUAUAAAUUUUAAUACUUGGGUAUCACUUGAUGGAUUAAAAAAACUUCGAGAAGACGGAAUGCAUGAUGAGGAAUUUUUAGGUGCAGGUUUACAAGGAAUUUUAGAUAAAUUAGUUUGUGUACAUUCAAAUUAUUUUAUUAGUGGUCCUAGCGGAUGUUCUAGAGUAUUAAGUACUUUUACUAGAACAAUUGCACAAUUGAGAGAAUCAAUGAAAAAGGGAGGAGAUGUAUCAUUACAAAAUGUAAUUUUAAGGUGGAAACCGCCUAAGAUAGAAAAAAUAAAUAGAUCUGCUAAGAGACAAAAAUUAGGAAAUCCAAUGUUUACAAACAUAUUGGAAGUGGCCCUUAGUCUCAGGAAAGCACUCCCGGAAAGUUUACGAGAUAACAUCAUGGAGGAGGAGCAGGAAGAGUCAACUUCAAUUAAUGCGAAUUUAAUCCAGCACCCUGAUGGAAAACCGCUUGCAGCAAUUAAGGAACAUAUACUAUAUGUACGGGAAUCUUAUACGGAUCUAUAUCACAUAGUUACCAAUGAGAAUUGCGACCCAUGUUCCUUAUAUCUGGCACCCGACGGCAAUUUAUUAUACUGUUUCACGGAUUCUAAUCUCUUUGUUGGAAAAUUUGAAGAAUUUUCGGAGCAACUCUAUAACUCUAAAACAUGGUACUUAGUAGAUGAUACAGUUCCCAAGGAUGUCUUAGAAAGAACAGUUGUUUCUGCAUCAUCAAAACGUAUCAAAGACAGAGGAUUUAAAGAGUUUAUUAAAAAUCUUAUGAAUAAAUUUUGCAUGCCACUAUGGUCAAUAGAAGAGUUGGAAGCUUGUCGAUUAAGUGCAUUCCCGGUGAUACCACAAGAUUUGAUGCUUGACCUUAGUGAUGAAUUGGGUGGUGUGCCAAGAUAUGUUCUUCAGAUACCAGCAUACAUUAUUUGUCAGGAAAGUCCCAAUUUCGAGGAUCAACCAUUCGUUCUCAAUAAUUGGGAUGUGAUUAAGAAAAGAUCUUUAGAAUGUGUAAAAGAAGCCCUUUCAGAAAUCAGUGAUUUCAAGUUUAUACAGUGUUUCUCUAUAAAUGCCCAGUAUGUUGAAUUCACCUUAUUCAUCAGUGGCCAGACACUUUCUACCGAGAGCAAUCCUUCUCGUGGGCCUCUGGUCAUAUUUUUGAUAAAAUUCAGAAAAUACUGGAAGAUAGUAAAUAGGCCAACUAUAAGAAAUUUUGGUGUGGUAGAUCUAAUUUUUACACUAAACUGUAUCUUUCAAGUUACUGUAUUUCAAAAACACCUUGUUAAACAAAGCGAAUUGAUCAAAAUAGUUCAUAUAUUUUAUCGUGCCAGAUGA